GGCACUGACUGGCAGCACUGCUGGGCUGCACAGGUGGGUGGCACUGGUGGGCACAGGUGGGUGGCACUACUGGGCACAGGUAGGUGGCACUUCUGGGCACAGGUGGGCGCACUACUGGGCAGGGGUGGGUGCAUUGCUGGGCACAGGUGGGCGCACUGCUGGGCACAGGUGGGUGGAACUUGUGUGCGGCGCUGCUGGGCACCGAUCAUCAGGGCAGUGAUGAUCAGUGACCCUGAUGAUCGGUGCCGAUCCCCACUCUGACAACUGCCGGUUUUCGGCAGUACUUUCCUCACGAUCUGACAGCGUGAGGAAAGUGCAGCCGAGAACCGGCAUUUGCAU